CUGUAAGAUACAGAGUAUUACUUGUAAAUCAUCGAGUAAUUUGAUGAGAAAGUACCGUUUGCUUCUCUAGCGAUCUUCGAUACAACCAUACAUUUACAUAAAGAGUUACGUAAAACUUUGUAACUAUCUGAUAUUUCGAAAUUGAUCGCAUAAAUGACGAAUGUGCGGAUCGAAGUAAGUACAAAACGUACCUUUAAGAAAUCACAUGAGAUAUCAUCAAGUAUCGUUUGUUAGAAGCAAUACUCUGUCACGAUAUAUGAGUCAUUGACCCCGCGUUACAUCGCUGAUUUUUUCUUAUUCGAUGAUGACGAAACAACUGGCAAUGUAUCGAAAAUAUGAGUGUUUUAUAAAACGUAUAAUGUUAUGUGCCGGUUUAUGGCCUGUAGAAAAUACGGAGAGCUCAUAUUUCUAUCGACAUUUACCUAUUUUGAUCGUAUUAUCUGGAACCUUUAUGUUUUUUGGUACAUUGAAAUUCUGUCUAGAAAAUCUUGAUAAUAUCAAAGUAUUAACGAAAGGACUCAGUCCUUUAGGAAGCUUUCUCCUAGUAGCCGUGAAGGCACUGAUGUUCUUUUUAUAUCGAGAGCAAUUACGCGAACUGAAUUUCAAUCUCGAAUCAAUGUUCGAAGAAAUGCUUGAAAAAACACAUUAUCGACCUGUCGUAUUGUCGUUGCUAAAUCUUUUUAAACGUCCUGCAUAUAUCGUUUACUAUUUAACGAUGUUUGUAAUACUACUGUAUAUAUUUAGACCAAUUUUAUUGAUCGUCUAUCAAAUUAUCAAGAACAUCAGUCCCAAACAUUACGUUCUUCCCUAUCCUGCUACUUUUUCAUGGAUCGAUGGAACUCCGAAUAUAGUUUAUCAAGCACAGUUUCUUUUCGAAAUUAUAUUCGGUUGGUUCGUGGUGUCAGUGACUAGCGGCGUUGAUACGAUUUACGGAUUUUACAUAUUUCAAAUGAGUGGAAUUCUCCGUGCCAUGUGUUUCGAAUGCGAGGAACUUGGAAAAUCGUCUAAGGAACUCGAUGUCAUUCUACGUAACUGCAUUAAAAGGCAGAUCUUACUUUUACGUUGUCGUGAUAUCAUUCAGAACGUUUAUGGACCAGUCGUGUUAUGCUUGAUAGUGAGCAGUGUUAUUGUCCUAUGUGCAUUGAUAUUUCAAAUGUUUCAGACAGAGAUAAGUAUAGGUAAAACUGUUCUGUUUCUUAUUUAUGGGAUAAUGAAAAUGACCCAAGCAUUUAUGUAUUCUUGGUAUGGAAGUAUUCUUGCUGUGGAGAGUGAAGCAUUCCGACGCAGUGUUUAUUGCUGCGGAUGGUACCAAGAUGGAGACAUUGAACGGAUGAAAGAUGUUCUUUUUAUGUUGGUACAGAAACCGAUUGUACUGACAGCAUGUCAGCUCUUUUCUAUUUCAUUGGAUCUUUUUGUUAAGAUACUUAAUACGUCCUUGUCAUAUUACUUUUUGUUGCAAACAUUCGAUGAGAAUAAUGAUGAAAGUUAA